GUCCCGUGGUCUAGCAUCAUUGCUGCGCUGCACCUGGUCAAAAGCAAAGCCACAACACAUAUCUUGCGGGCUGUAGCUCACACAAGCCAAGCAUCGAUGGCUUUACGAGUCUUCGCCUCCGCCUGGGGCAACGCGACGCACUGGGGAAGCCUGCGGCGGCUCAUGGACGGCCUGCAGUUCAAAGGCUUCGCGGGGCUGGAGGCGUCGCUCAGCGACUUAGGGGAUGACGCCGACGCGCGCGCGGCGACGGCGCAGCAGGCGCGGGACCGAGGUUUAGAGUUGAUCGUGGGCCUCUACAGCCACUGGACCGACUACGAAGGCACGUGGGCGGCGGCGGACCCGGCGGAGCACCUCGACCAAUUGCGGAGGCAGGUCGACGCCUGCGCCGCGCUGGAACCAAUGCAUAUAAACGUCCAUGCCGGCUGUGACUCGUGGCCCGAGGACGUCUCGACGCGAUUCUUCGAGGACGCGCAAUCUAUAGUCCCGGCAAACGCCUCCUUUGAGACGCAUCGGGGGCGCCCGCUGGGCCACGCGUUCCAGUGCGAGCGGAUCCUGGACGCCGUGCCCGGCCUGCGCCUCACGGCGGACCCGUCGCACUGGCACGUCGUCCACGAGCGCUUCCUCGACAUGGACGCCGUCGCGGGACGCGUCGACCACGUCCAUGCCCGCGUCGGCAACGAGGAGCGGCCGCAGCUCGCGGCGCCGUUCGACGACGCCGCCGCCGACUGGCACGUCGCGUUCUGGCGGAAAUGCUGGGACGCGGGCGCGCGCACGGCGUGCGUCGAAUACGGCCCCGCGCCCUAUCAGCUGACCGGUGACUUCCGGGACCUCUGGCUCCAGAACUGCGCCGCGAAGGACCAUAUCGAGGAGGCGUUCGCCGCGUGGGAGAGGGGGUCGUAGUUUUGUAAUUGUGACAAAAA